AUGGCUAAGUAAACAAAAUAUUUAUUAAUAAAUUAUAAUAUAUAUUUUUUUUUUUAAAGAGAUAUUUAAUCAGGAUUUAUUUUCGCUAUAAAAAAAAUAAGAAAAUAAACUUUAAUUAAUCUUAAAAUACAAGAUUAUUUAUAAAAUGAAAUAAUAAUUUAAUCUUUUUUAAACCAUGCUAAUAUUAUCAAAUUAUACGGAUUUUAUUAUGAUGAAAAGUUUAUUUAUUUAGUAUAAGAAUAUGCUUCCCAUGGCUAAUUAUAUAAAGAUUUAUAACUCUAAAAAGGUUAGAAAUAUGAUGAAACAUAAGCCGCUUUGUAUAUUAAAUAAAUAAUAAGUGCUUGUAUAUUUUUACAUUAGAAUAAUAUAAUUCAUAGAGAUUUAAAACCUUAAAAUAUAUUAUUAUCUUAUGGAGCUAUUAAAAUAACAGAUUUUGGUUGUAGUGUAUAUUGCCCAGAACUUAAAAGAUAAACUUUUUGUGGAACUUUAGAUUAUAUAAGUCCUGAAAUGUUAAAUGGUGAAGAUUAUGGUAGAAGUGUGGAUAUUUGGAGUUUGGGUAUUUUAGCUUAUGAAUUAUUGACUGGAAAAGCACCUUUUUUAUGUGAAAAAAAUAAUGAAUAAUUAUAAAAAAUAAUGAAGGUUAAUAUUAUUAUUUUUUAUGUUUUUUUUUUUUUUUUUAUUAUUAAUUUUUAUCAGAAUGAUCUGUUUUUUCCGGGUUAUGUGUCUUUAGAAGCUUAAGAUUUCAUUAAUAAAUUAUUAUAAAGAGAUCCUAAUGAAAGAAUUAAUUUAGUAGAUAUAAAUAAUAAUGAAUGGUUAAAUAAAAACAUUAGCAGAUAUUCAAAAGAAUAAUGGGAUAAUAAUAUUGUAGAAUAAACGAAAAGAGUAAUCUUAUGA